AUGGCAGAAGCUAGUAUUUUAAUAAGUGAAGAUGAGCUCUGCUGUUCAAUUUUAGCUUGUGGACACAGUUUCUGCAUGUCCUGCAUUAGGGAUCAGCAGCUAGGGAUCUACAGUUGUCCUCAGUGCAGAGAGACCUUUGAUACAAGGCAUGAUCUAUGCAGGAACAUGCUGGCUUGCGUAGUGGACAAAUUAAGAAAAACUGGACUACAAAGCUCUGAUCCCUGUUAUUCUAAAUCUGGAGAUGUGGAGUGUGAUAUCUGUACUAGAAUUAAAUGCAAAGCAGUCAAGUCCUGCCUGUUAUGUCUGGCAUCUUGCUGUGAAGUUCAUAUUUGACCUCACAAGGAAUCUUUUGCCCUGAUGAAGCAUACUGUGAUAGAAGCCUCUGUAAAACUACAUGAAAAAUUUGGUAAACAAAUUUUUACAUUUAAAAUUUGUCCACAGCAUGGGAAACUUCUGGAGGUAUUCUGUUGUACAGAUCAGAAAUGCAUUUGCUAUCUAUGCAUCUUGGAUGAUCACUCCAGUCAUAAUACGGUUUCGAUAGCUGAGAGGGCAGAGAAAGAGGCAAGUGUAGAGACCCAGAGCAACUACACACAGAGAAUUCUGGGGAGAAAGGGGGACUAGUCACACAAGGUGAGAGCAUUGCAGAGAUAAACUAAUAGAUUCGCUUUGACGCUUUAAUAAAAGCUAAACAACAUUUUUUCCCAUUCUGCACAAGUAGCAGUAGAGGACACUGAGAGGAUGUUUCAUGAGCUUAUCAUUGAGAAAAAAUGUUCUGAGGUGACAGACCAGAUCAGAGCUCAGGAUAAAGUUAAACUGAAUCACACCAAAGAUGACAUCAAUCACUCACAGACACAGACACAAGAUGACAUCCUAUGUAGUUACAAUGUAGUUACAUCCAACAUUGUGUUGUCUCUGUUUCAAUUUUAUUCUAGUCUUAAUCUAGUAAAGAUAAAUAUGCCACACUCGUAUGAGGAUGUAAAGAUAUUUGUCUAUAAACUUAAAGAGAAGAUUGAAAGUACCAAAUUGUAUCCCAAUUUUUCUUCUCAAAUGAACAGUCAGUAAAUAACUUCUCACAACUCCCAGAAUACCUGGCAAAACCCAUUCAUCUUUGCCACCCAUGCCAAGACUCCUGCUAAAUCCCAAACCACAUUUGCAUUUUGAUCAACACCUAUCACUCAGUCCCAAUCCAUCUUUGGUCUCACAUUAAAACCUACUACUCAACCCCAAUCCAUUUUGUCCCAAUGUGUAUUUGGAUUUUCAUCAACACCUGCCACUCCAUCCUAAUCUGUAUUUGGGUUCCCAUGAACACCUGCUACUCAAUCCCAAUCUGUAUUUGGUAUUCGAUUCUCAUCAACACCUGUCACUCAAUUCCAAUCUGUAUUUGGGUUCUCUUCAACACCUGGCACUCAAUCCUAAUGUAUAUUUGGGUUUUCAUCAACACCUGCCACUCAAUCCUAGUCUGUAUUUGGGUUCCCAUCAACACCUACCACUCAGUCCCAAUCUGUAUUUGGAUUUUCAUCAACACCUGUCACUCCAUCCUAA